CGGCGGCGAAGCUCAAGGUGGCCGGCACGUGGUCCGGCGCGAUGGAGGUCGAGCUGGACGGCUGGACUGUCCCGAUGCUGCGGGAGGAGGUGGCGCGGCGAUCGGGCCUGAGCCCGGACUCGAUCAACCUGAUCUGCGGGGGAAAGGCGCUGAAGGACGGCGACGGGGCGGCGAAGUUGAGCGAGCUCGGCGUCAGGGGCAACGCCAAGAUACUCUCGACCCGCGUCUGCGUUGACCAGGGCAAGUCGCUCAAGGAAGAGGCCAUGGCCGAGGACGAGCGGUCCCGCAGGGUCACUCGGGUCAAAGCAGCUGCCACUGCACUGGCUAAUAGACAUGCAGAUGGGUCAUUGCCACUUGAAGACUUGCAACAUAGAACUUGAAGAUCAGAGUGGAAAGAAAGUAAAUGUGGGAUCUGAAACUGAUCAGAGGGCUGUGAUGAUGGGUUUUAUGCUUCACUCAAAUGCAAAGCAACUAAUAAGGAGGCAAAAGUAUGAAGAUGCAUUGGAAGUUCUUGCUAUGGGUGAGGUCAGUUGCUGGUGCUCUGUGAUAACCUUUGAUAAUCUAAGCAUUUUUGGCUUUAUAAAGUAGCAAGCUCAAUGCAUUUUGUUCUGUAACAUCAUAAUGUGGGAAUUGAGAUGUAAAGUAUUGUGAGGGAUGCCAUUUUGUAAAAGAGCUUACCAACUCUUCAGAUCAAUAGGUGGCUGCAUAUACUAAAAAAGAGCUGUGCCACUUAGUCCUUGUCCAAUUUUAUACAUGCGAUAUUUAGAA